AUGCUGUGGUUCAUGGACGACUUCACCGUCGGCGACAUGCAAAAGGUCUGCCGUUUCAUUGACGAGCACUGCACGGGAAAACUUCGCCUUCCUCUUUAUAGCGGUGGUGAUUGGGAUGGCAAGGCUGCCAGCGGAAGGUGGGAAGAUGUUUUUAUGGUCAGCCCACUCGGUCGCUUGGGUCGGUACGACAAUGAGGAUGAGAAGGAGGAGUGA